UUCCCUACUAUGUACAUCUUUCUAGUACUCUUUUGACACGGGGAAUGUAAAUUUGAAAUUUCACUGUUGUAUUGCAGUUUUAGCAUGUUCAUUUAGCAAGAGUUUGACCUCACUACUUUUAAACCUUUGGUAGAUGUCUUUUUGCUACCAACUUAUGCUUCUGCUAUUCAGAGGAGCUACAAAUACUGAAUUAACAGUAAAUAUUAUUAUUUUGAGCUUUAUUUUGGUUUUUGUAACAAUAACAAUGAUGGGAGAACAGCUUACAGUAACGCAUCAAUGGUGGCACUUGCCAACGACACCACUGCAUCAUGUUUUUGCAGUGAAAAUCAUUUCUAGAAAAGAACUGGGGCUGUAACUCAAGACAGACAGGACUUUUAGGGGAAAUGCUGUGUGUGUUGUUGAAGAAGCACUAGGAUGACCAGCAUCUGCUGAACUAGGAAUACAUUUUUAUAUCCCUUGGAGAAAUCUGGCCUUUAUGGUUUCAGCAAAACCGUGGUCAUUGAGGUCACAGCUCAGGAACAUGUUUCAGAGUAUGCCCAAGUUCAGAUACAUCAAAUGGGGCUACACCUAAACAGAAAUGCUUUGAGAAAGGGAAAGCCAGAGGAGAGGAUCAGGAGGAAGAUAGUUAUUCAUGAAACAAAUAGAAAGCUUUCAGAAUCGCUGUUUUGGAUGGUCCUCAGCUUUAGUCAAGUAUAAUAAGGAAAAUCUAAUGGGCCCUAGACUUGACAUGAUAUAAAUUAUUGCAAUACCUCACGUAUGAUGUAGUAUAAAUGAAACCAAUCUAUGCAGCUUGUUCUCUUAAGUCACAAAUAUAGUUUAUGAAGAAAUAUUUAUUCAAUCAUUUGUGGAAAAAGAUGUUCACAAAACUGCAUUCAUCGGGGAAAAAAUAUGGCUGGUUCUCCUCUCAAUAUGGAAAUGUGUUCAAUUUGUACUAACCCUUCCUCUUUACAAAUGUUCAUUUUCACAUAUGGCUUUGCUAUUCUAUUUGCACUUUCCUUCAUUUACAGGUCAGCAUUUUUUUAAUGAACAUUCUCAGUCAGAAAUAAAGGAAAUAUUAUCAAAUAAGACGAACAGUUUAAAACCAAGUAUUACCAUUGAAAAAUAGUUCUGAGAAGGCAAUAUAAAGUGAUUACUGAAUUGAGAGUGAGGAAUUUGUUAUAUUCUUUCUGGCUUUGCUACUGCUUUUUUUUUUUAAGCAGUUUCUUUUCUUCAUUUUUCUCUUUUAUAAAUGGAAGUAGUAAUAUAUUAAUAUAUACAAAGAGUAGCUCUUUAUACCUCAAUAUAGAGCACACUUUCCAAGGAAAAGGAAUAUUUCCAAAGAAUAAAUUCAGUGGUAGUUUCAUGGCAAAAUUUUUGUGUACCAAGCUAAUUGUGUGAGAAGCUGUAAGUAUUGUUCAGUUCAAUACUUACAGUUCAGUACAAACAUAGAAAGUAAUUAUAUUUUGGGCUGCUGGUCUGAGUUCUGAUAUUCUCGACUGACAUCAACAAAGAGCUGCAGUAAAGAAAAGUGAUGUAAAAAAGUACUUUGAAAACCAUCCUUGUGUUUAGGUCAAUCCAGUAAGUAUCUAAACUUCCAGGAGAGGUAUGGGCUGCUUUGAUCCCACCCCUGUACACUGGCUGUUGCAGGGAAGGCUGUUAGCACAGCUGAGACACCCGACAUAUUGUGGCCAUGAGAGCUGGGACCUGGCUCAGCAGCCUGAGCAUCGAAGCUGAGGUGAUGGCUGCAUGAAAGGAUGAGCCACAUCCUGGCCUGUCACUGGUGUCCUCUGCAACCCAGACCUCAGUCACAGUGACAUGAAUACUGGGAGAAGCCAACACUGUGCUGACUGUUCUUCUCUGCUUAAAUGACUCAUUCUAGUGUUUAGCACUAUAUAUCUAGAAACAUAUGCUAACCUUAAGUUCACAUAAACUGAAAAUAAAAUGAAAUGUAGGAGGUACAACUGAUGGAUUCAGCCCUGUGCUCCUCACAUACUGAGAAAAACAUUGAAGUACAGCUUCUGCAGUAAUACAGGCUUAGAUCUUAAAUCAUCUCUAUUGUACCUCUCCAAACUUACAAAUACUCUGUACAUGAUUUAGGCAGAUAUAGAUUCUUAUUAUGCAGUAACAGGACUAUGCACAAUGUCAUAAAUGAGACUGAUAAAAUAAACUAAUAGGACAGGCUGUGACCUGAGGUACCUUCCCAUUUCAAGACUUGAUUUCUGUAAAUACUUUUGCAUGUGAACUGACCAUGCAAGAAGAUGGACUCAGGAUCAGGGCCUGAGGCUGAACAAACAGCCCUAAGCAAAGGAGGAGGUGGGAGCUUUGGGGGUUGGUGUGGAAGACAAGAAGUUUGCCUGUCUAAGGGGUUUUGAGAAUAAAUUCUAAGCAGUAUUUAAAAAAUGCAAAUGAGAAGUGUAUACCUUUUUCAUGUUAUGCUGUAAUAUUUGGGCAUGUUUUCAUGGCGUGUUUGUUUGAUCUGUACUCCAAAGGGAAGGAGCGCAGAUCAGUGCUGGGAAGAUUGAUCUUUGAAACUCUGCAGAUUUUUUUAUGGGAAUAGAGCAAGAUCAGCUAAAUGCUGCUAUAGGUCUAUACCAAAGCUAUUUCAACCAGGGGCUAUAAUAACUUUUUCCUCAAAUUUUUGAAAGUUUUGUCAUAGAUGCAUUCUGCUGUAACAUGUAAUUACUUGGAUCAUCCAGUUCAGGCAACUUUGGGAUUUUUUGGUCAUAUUUGGCUAGUUUUGUUCAGGGGAAAACAGGAUUGAUGAUUCAUACAAAAGUAAAUUCCAUGGAAAAUGUGACAUUUGUGCUUUUGUUUUAUGCCCACAGAGUAAUUGUCCUAACUAAAGGUUACCUUUUUUUAUGAAUGUGGUUUUAACGUGGUUUAAUUUAUUUAAUUGUUCUUCUCAAGUAGGUUUGUCCAGUAGUAAACUGCAAUAGUUAUUUAAAGAUAUAAAUGGCAAAAUAAAUAUCAUUUAAUAACACAGCAUUUAAACCCAAUUUUGAUUGUACUUCAGCAAUUAGAUACAUCUUGUUACUAGCAGUUCAGUUUCUGUGUAAACAUUUUAUUGUGGCUUGGCUACAAUGUGAAAACACAGGCAGUGAGAAAAAUAAAACCUGAAAUGAGGGGUGUUAAAGCCCAUGAAACUUCAGUGUCUUGAGCUCUAUAGUGAAAAACCUGGGUUGAAAUCAUGACAAAAAAUAUAAUUUUAUUUGGGAGUAAAAUCAAAUUUCUUUGAAAACAAAAACCAGGAUUUUUGUUUUAAGAGGGUUUGAGAACAGAACCAGAAACACUCAGGGAACACACACAUGCACACACGUUAUGACACAACAAAACUGACAUUAUGGGUAGGUAAAUUUUAUCUUUUCAAACACUUACUCUAAUCAACAUAUCAACAGAAGCAUGCUUUGCUUCAAACUCAAUAUUUGAUAUUUUCCCCCAAUCUUAUUUUUAAGACAAAAUUUGUACCUUUUUUUGUUUAAUUUAGAUUGUUUCUAUUUAAAGCAUGGAGCAUCUGACCAAACAGAUUUGUGCUUUGUAUUUCUACCAGCUUAUUUAAAAGGAGAAAAUUAUUUAAUUGUGACUGUUUGUGUAACAAAGAAAGCACAACAUAUUUGGAGCACAUAUAUCUUUGGUGUUAUUACCUUAUGGGUUUAAUUGAUAACAUGUGAUGUUCUACUGAAUUACAGUUCAGAUAUUUGGGAAAAUAUUUGCUCUUUACUUUCCACAAAAACGAUAUACUGAACCCAAGUCUGAAAAAGUUGAUCUCCAUUUUUCUCUUCACAAGACAGUGUGUUAAUCAGCAUUUUGGCCAAGGAGAUGUUUGCUAGCUUAUCACAUACCUCUUUCUACAAAGAGCUGAGUGCUUCAAAGUUCCUAUUAAGACAGCACAGUGGAGCCUAACUAGAAUCUCUGUUGCUGCAGCAUCCAUAUCCUUUUUGGCACGUGUGUGCUGCAAGUACCAGAGGCCUUUAUCCUCUUCUGCAUCCUUUCCUGCUGACAUUGUGACAUACUAAUGUAAAAUAAUCUGGUUGAACCAUCAUUUAACUAGACCCUCAGCAAUUUGAAGUUCUUUUUUCCUGGGUUUAUUUUAUAAAUGGUGGAUAUAAAAUUGAUUUCUUGUGGAACCCUAUGUUGCUGUUUUUAUGAAAGGGUUGCAACACAGAAAAUUUCUCGUAAGAAAUAAAUUUCCAGUAUAUAACUUGUGGUGUAAAUAAAUAAAAAGAAGACACCCACCCUGAAGAAUUUUUUUAUCUGAGAAUGAUUUUCUAAAUGUACAUAUUUUAGAUGUUCUUAAGAGACAGUAAGUUGAGUAGAAAGAAAGUGGAAGCGGGAAAAGCAUUUCUUUAUACUCAGCUAAAACCUGGUGCCCAAACACAUUUGCCAGUAAGGAUCUGAUAGAUGCAUUGUUGCAUCUAUCUGGAGCUUUGUAGCUGUACCUGAAGAGAGGAAGGUGUGGGGAAGGACUCAAGGGGAGCAAAAGGUGGCUGAGCCACUCCUUUUACUGAGAACAGGACAGAGCUCAAAUACCAAAAGUCCCGUUUGUUUUUCAGUAUCUGAAGUUCUCUCCCCAGCCUGUGCUUCCAACUGGGAUGUCUGAUGGACUCCCCUGUGUGAUUUUAUCCCAAGCUGCUUGGUUGUGGGAGGUCACCUGGGGACUUCUAGUUCUAAUAGAAGGAAAGUCUGUUGCCUGAUGCUGGCACAGAAACCUGCUCCUGUCUGAGUUCCCCUUUACCUUCCGAGUGCAGCAGACAUUAUUUUGGCUGCUUCUCUGCUGACCAUGCAGGCUGUUUCUUGGUAAUAAGUAAACAAAUAAAUGGGUACACAGAAUACUUGUAUUGUGAAAGCAUUGUAUUCAUUUUAGACGGUUUUCCCUAUAAUAAACAAAUAAAUGCUCUUAAGCUACUUUUGGGAUUUUGAUAUUUAGCAUAGCACAGAAAUCUCCUUCAGUUCUUUAUGAAGAAAGAUAUGUAUGGCACAAGAGAAAAUACAUAAAAUAACAGUUUUAAUUUACAUAAACCCAAGGGGUCUCAGGCUGUAAGACUCUUCAGCAGUUACUGGGACGAGGACACCAAUGUGGGCAAGAGCACCAUCCAAGCAGGUCCUGACACAGUGCACAAAGACAGGGCCCACAUGUGUUGUCUUUGCUUACUUUCUGAUGAAAGUUGAACCACUUAGUGGAGCUGCUGCUAGAAAUGGUUUUUCUUUUUCCAAGGGCUGUCAUGCUCUGUAUGUAAGCGGGGCUUCCUCGCUCUGCUGCUGCUCCAUAUGUGUGCUGGAAGAGAUCCGUGCAAUGCACUAGAUCCAUCUGCUGUCUAAAAACCCCUUUGCAAAAGUGCUAAGCAAGAAAAUGCAAAUCCUCAUCCAAACAAUUCUAUAUGCUGUUGAAGUUGUGUGCAAUGCUUGGGAGAGUGGAAUAGGAAGGAUUUCUGUUCAGAAGCCCAAUUAAGAAUGCAGAAGCAAAGUACUUGCACAAAGCCAUACCUGGACAGUUUUCAGUAAGGGAUUGGCAUUUACAGAGACCAAAUAUUUCUGGAAGAAAUGGUUGUUCAUCACAAACCCAAAGUUUCUGGUAAUUUAAUAACUACAAUGCAGCAUCUCAGGAAAGCUGUAAAAAGAAUUUUCUCUAAGCCAUGCUGUGAGUAAUAAAUGAUAUACAGUAUUUCUCAUUUUAUAUAAAUAGGACAAAGAAUGUCUUAUUCUACAGUAGAGAUGAACAAUACCAACAGUUGAUGUCAGCAUUAACUUUUCCAAUCAUAUUACUUACAAGGAAAAGGGUUAUAAACUGUCCCCAGACAGCUUCAUUUUCUCUCUGUCUUCCUAAUGCCCAUAUACCAAUGGCUGUUUGAUUCAUUUAUUGACAUAAAACAGAAUUGCUUAGAACUAACCACUCAUUCAUCAUAAUCACAGUUACAAGAGAGAGCAGGGUAAGAGGUUAACUGCUUGCUAGAUGUAUCAAGAUCUUUGGUAUAUACCAAAGCCUGACUCGAUAGGAAUCUGAUAAUGGUCUGCUGAAGGUAAAACAUAACUGUUAAUAGCUAAAUAAAAAAAUUGAUAAAGACUGUGCUGUAAAACACUUACAUUUCUUAAGUUAAUUAAAAAGUGCUGAUCAAAGUGAAGCCCGUAUUAAAAAUGUUACUUUAAGAUAUUAAAGAUUAGAUAAAGUAUAAAGGUCAGUUUUAAAAAUAAGUGCAUUCAAAAAAAUUUUUCCAUAAUUUUCUUUUCUUCUUGGUAAUCCUUUAAUUAAUAAUUAAAAUACAAAUAAUUUGAAAAUGUUAAUUUUUUACUUUUAGUAUUUUAAGUUCAUGUACAGUGAUGAGGAAUUGAUAUUUUUGUGUGUCCACGUUAACAAGACAUUGAAUAAAAUCAAUUUGAAGUGGGAGCAGCUUCUGUUCUUAAUACAUGCAUGUGAUGGAUUCAGUAGUGUGCAUCAUAAAAUAUUCAAAGGCUACACUUAAUUGUGUAAAUAUAAUCCUGGCUCUGAAACUUGGUCUCAGAGAUGCUCCCUGCAGGAUCCAAAAAGCCCCAGGGAGUAACUAAUCCAAUUCUCCAAAGCUAAAACAAAGCAGGUUACGUGAGUUUUAUCACUCACUUCAGCCUUUCCAAAGGAAACAGUUCACAAAGUGUAAAAUUUCACUCAAAGUUGUUGUUUUCAGGAGCUGACACAUGGUCUUGCAGAAGACCUAAAGUCUUGUAGGGCAGCAGAGUGAAGAGGAAAGAAUCUGGCAAACUGGCUGUGUAUAGGAAAUUCCUACUUUAGUAUAUCUUUUCUACUAAAAUAUUUUACUAGUUUGGAAUACAACAUUUUUUAAAAAGAAUUGGUCACUGAUAGGACACAACUACAGUUAGAUCUGCUGAAAUUAUUAGAGUAAAGCUCAGGGAUCUGAAGCCAAGCAUAGUAAAGUGAAAGUGAAGUAAAAGUUUCCCCCUAUUUAGAGGAUGAUGAGGGAAGCAUAACCACACACAUUCAAUUAUCUUUUUUGCUAAAUUCCUCAAAAAAGUUGUAAGACCUUUAUGCUCUUACUCCAGAUUCCAGAUUUGUACAUUAAAUAACAGAUGUGUGUCCUCCUUGCAGGUCAACUUGAAUAAUUAUGGAAAAAUAAUAAUUUCUCUUCCUGUAAUUUUUAAAACUGAAUUUAUACAUUUUGAUUGCCACCAUUUGCAUUAUGGUUUUGUUUGAUAUUGUGCAAUAUUGAGCAGUAAGUUACAACAAUAAUCAGUGUUGUGCACUGUUUUAAACAUUUAGGCAGAGUUCGCACAUUCAAAGAGAGUUAUUUUUUAAGACCUCAAAGAUUUUGUACUUCACCCCAGAAACAUGCUAACCUAGCCCUUUUUUUAAAAAUAUAUUUUCCUCCCUUCUCUUUUUAAUUCUGAUGUUUUGUUUCUGUGUGUGAAUAAACUCCUUCAUUCCUCCAAAACAGCCAUCCCUUCGAGAUGUCUGUUGUUCAUGGGUUUUUCCUCACCCACCCACCUGCCAUUAACUAUUUGGUUACCACUUGAAAUACUUCAUCAUCCAGAUUCAAACUCAUUGUCCCAUGGCCAUUGUUGCUUAGCAGAACACCCAUGCUUGCUUUCUACACAAACACACACACAAAUUAAUAACUGAGUGGAACUCCUCCUCCUCUGUGCUCCAGAAGGAGCUGCUCCAAAAAGAAGCCAUUUAUAGUAUCAAUAAGCUGCUUCUCCAAACCAUGUACAGAUGUGUUAUUCAACCAGUUAAUAUUGGGGUAGUUAAAAUCACCCAUUAUUAUUUUUCUGGCAGAUUUUGCCACUUCAUUAAUAUCUUUCAACAUACUGAGUUGCUUGGCUGUUCCUUCUUUUACAUGGCUUAUAUCAUAUCAUGCCAUCACAGCAUAUUCUGUAGUUUCGAGUUAAUUGCCCAAUUAACAGUGGUAUUCAUGAAGUGCUAGGAAAAUUCCACAACUAAUGAUUUGGACAAUUUCAAAAUAGGUUGGUAUUUCAUAGUUUAAAAUGUCAAACAUGCCAAUAGCUGCAAGCUUAAGACUGUGCAGGCUUAGAACCCAAUAGCUCGAAAAUUCUGCAUCGCAAAAAUUGUAAUCCAGCCCUCAGAAACAUGUUUCCCAGACCCAAGUAUAUCACUGUAGGGAAGUUCUGCACCACAUUAAUUUCUUCUUAGACCAGUGAGGUGGAAGCAUGAAAUGGAGCCUCCUUGGCUUCUCUGUAUUUUGUGAGAAUAUGGAAUAAAUACCUUCUGGCAGCAGUGAAUGCACCCUCACCCCCAGCCUGGCCCCAGAUGAUGUUUAUGGCAGCGCUGGGGACACUGCUGCAAUAAUGGUUGUUUAUAUGCUUACCAGAGCCAGGAAAAUGAAGAUGUGAGUGAGUUGGAAGGUUGUAGGAUUUGCUAGGGCACUCUGUACUUUUCUUUCCCGUUGCCUGGAUUAGGUAGGGAUAUUAACAAUGCGUAGUUAGCUUUGAUGGGUCAUUGUUCCCAGAUGCAACUGAGAGUUGCCAAUAGACUCUCUAGGCAGUGAUCUGAUUUUUUUUGUUUUGUCUCACCAGCUGCCACGCAGAGAUGCCAGGGGAUACAGUGCCUCUCCUUUCUGCCUUUUCUCCGUACCUCCUGUGCCAUUUAAGAAUGUCUUCCAAGCAGGCUACCUCUCCAUUUGCAUGUGCAGCUGAUGGAGAGGAAACAAUGACCCAGGACUUAGCACCACGAGACAAGGAAGAGGGCAACAGCGACCAGCACGCGGCCCCUCAUCUGCCUCUACACAAUGUCAUGCACAACAAACCUCACUCCGAGGAGCUCCCCACCCUGGUCACCACCAUCCAGCAGGACCCCGAGUGGGAUGGAGUAAUCUCAGCCCAACACAGAAUGGAGUCAGAGAGUAAUAAGUUAUGUUCCCUAUAUUCCUUCCGAAAUACCUCUACCUCACCAAGCAAGCCCGACGAAGGAGGUCGCGACCGCAGCGAGCUAAUGACCAGUGUUAACUUCGGGACGCCCGAGCGCCGCAAGGGAAGCCUAGCAGAUGUGGUGGACACACUGAAGCAGAAGAAACUAGAAGAAAUGACCAGGACUGAGCAAGAAGAUUCAUCCUGUAUGGAAAAGCUACUUUCUAAAGACUGGAAGGAGAAGAUGGAAAAAUUAAACACAAGUGAUCUCCUUGGAGAAAUUAAAGGUACACCAGAAAGCCUGGCAGAAAAAGAGCGGCAGCUCUCUACCAUGAUCACCCAGCUGAUCAGCUUACGGGAGCAGCUCCUGGCUGCCCACGAUGAGCAGAAAAAGCUGGCAGCCUCACAAAUCGAAAAACAACGGCAGCAAAUGGACCUUGCUCGCCAACAGCAAGAACAGAUUGCAAGACAACAGCAGCAACUUCUGCAACAGCAGCACAAAAUCAAUCUACUGCAGCAGCAAAUUCAGCAGGUUCAGGGUCACAUGCCUCCGCUCAUGAUCCCAAUUUUUCCACACGACCAGCGGACACUGGCAGCGGCUGCUGCAGCCCAGCAGGGAUUCCUCUUCCCCCCAGGAAUAACAUACAAGCCAGGUGAUAACUACCCUGUGCAGUUCAUUCCAUCAACAAUGGCAGCUGCUGCUGCUUCUGGACUCAGCCCUUUACAGCUCCAGCAACUGUAUGCAGCUCAGCUGGCAAGCAUGCAAGUUUCUCCUGGAGCCAAAAUGCCAUCUACUCCACAGCCACCAAAUACAACAGGGGCACUUUCACCCACUGGGAUGAAAAAUGAGAAGAGAGGGACCAGCCCGGUAACUCAAGUUAAGGAUGAAGCAGCUCAGCCCCUGAAUCUCUCAGCCCGACCCAAAACAGCUGAACCUGUCAAAUCCCCAACAUCUCCAACACAGAAUCUCUUCCCAGCCAGCAAAAGCAGCCCGGUGACAGUGACGAGCAAGAGUGGCAUCCCCAGCCCGCUCAGUGGAUCCCUGGGAAGAGGAUCCUCUUUAGAUAUCCUUUCCAGUCUUAAUUCACCUGCCCUAUUUGGGGACCAGGACACAGUAAUGAAAGCCAUUCAGGAGGCUCGAAAAAUGAGAGAGCAAAUCCAAAGGGAACAGCAGCAGCAACAGCAGCCUCAUGGUGUUGAUGGAAAAUUGCCCUCCAUGAAUAACAUGGGUCUAAACAACUGCAGGAAUGAAAAGGAAAGAACAAGGUUUGAAAAUUUAGGCCCACAGUUAACAGGGAAACCCAAUGAAGAUGGAAAAAUUGGCCCCGGUGUCAUCGAUCUUACAAGGCCAGAAGAUGCAGAAGGGAGUAAAGCAGUGAAUGGCUCUGCAGCUAAACUACAGCAGUAUUAUUGUUGGCCAACAGGAGGGGCCACGGUGGCUGAAGCCCGGGUGUACCGGGACUCGCGGGGCCGCGCCAGCAGCGAGCCCCACAUCAAGCGGCCGAUGAACGCCUUCAUGGUCUGGGCCAAGGACGAGCGCCGGAAAAUCCUCCAGGCCUUCCCCGACAUGCACAACUCCAACAUCAGCAAAAUCCUAGGAUCUCGCUGGAAGUCCAUGUCAAACCAAGAGAAACAACCUUAUUACGAAGAGCAGGCACGACUAAGUAAGAUCCACCUAGAGAAGUACCCCAAUUACAAAUACAAGCCUCGACCAAAACGCACCUGCAUAGUGGAUGGGAAGAAACUGCGCAUUGGGGAAUACAAGCAGCUGAUGAGGUCUCGGAGACAGGAGAUGAGGCAGUUUUUUACCGUAGGACAACAGCCUCAGAUUCCAAUCACCACGGGAACAGGAGUUGUCUACCCUGGUGCUAUUACCAUGGCGACCACCACGCCGUCCCCUCAGAUGACAUCAGAUUGCUCCAGCACCUCUGCCAGCCCUGAGCCCAGCAUCCCUGUCAUCCAGAGCACUUAUGGUAUGAAGACGGACAGCGGAAGCCUUCCUGGAAAUGAAAUGAUAAACGGAGAGGAUGAAAUAGAAAUGUACGAGGACUAUGAGGAUGAUCCAAAAUCAGACUAUAGUAGUGAAAACGAAGCCCAUGAGGCAGUCAGUGCCAACUGAGGAGUGUUCACAGAAUUAAAGUACUCAGACUCAUUUGGGUUUUUUUGGGGUUUUUUUGAACAAAAGUUCUUAAAGAGCCUGCAUGCAUGUGUGGCUCCUACAGUUACAUCAGCAGAAUGGUCUUAAAUGUUUCUUAUCGUGUGAGACAGAUUGUUUCCCUAAUUUUUCAUGAACUUGGGUUUUUUGUUUUUGUUUUGUUUUGUUUUUUAAUUUAGAUGAAGACAUAAAUAUCAGACAUCAGGACUUGAGAACUUAUAUGAAUCAAUAGCUGUCUUACAAGUCUUACCUUUUGUCUUUUUCCGUUUGGAUGCUGAUAAAGGUUUAAGUUACUGUUUUAGAUGGGGGUUAUACAUUCUCACUCAGGUAUGCUGUGCCAGCCUACAGGUUGUGAAUGUGUUUUUAUUCUGGAUUAUUUUAGAAAACAAAAACUGCAGAUUUCAUAUUGUGAAACAGAACAAGUCCGCAAGUGUGCACACCUGUGCAUCAUAGCUUGUCUUUAAAAAAUAGUCUCUGAAUUCCAUUUUUUUUCCAUAUGUAUAGCUGAACUUCUGAUGUGCCAAACUUUUCAUAACUUUUGAAUCUUAACAUUUAAACAAAAAAGUCUUAAAGGAGACACUGUAAAGUCUUAGACAAUCCUUUGGCAUCUUAAAAAAAAUUAUAUAUGAAACCUAAUUUUUUUCCAGAAUAUGGUAAAGUACUCAGGAAUCUGGAGACAGGAUAUUCUUAAUUAGUGAACAUGGUUGCCAUAGUGCAUGUGCCCAAUUGCUUUUGCCUCUUGAUGUGCCAUUAGUGUGAAAUUUUAAGUAAGCACAAAAGAGCGAUCACCAGCUAUGGACAGGCCUGUCUUAGCAGUGUGAGGCCACCUCUGAUUACAUUCUCUACCCCUUUGCUUUUAACCCUUGCAUUCAGUCUUAACACAUUUUCUCUUAAAUAAUUUAUUCAUUCCAGAAUGUCAAGGGUCCAAAUACUUAAUAUUUAUUUUUAAAAGUACAGUUGGUGGCAUUACACUUCCAAUUCCUUACUGAUAUUUUAAAGAGCCUCUUCUUUCCCCCUCCCUAAAUCACACAGGUAUAUGAAAAUAAAAGUGCACCUGCUACUAAAAUGAAUAUGACCUUUAUGAAUGAGAAAUUCACUUGUUCCUCUAACACUGUAUGUUCAAGGAGCACUUGGAAAUACUCUGCUAUAUGUAUUGCAAAAUAAAGUGAGUACUUUUAUAUGUACACAGAGUACAAAUACCCCUAAAAAUGUGUUUAUAGUUAUAAACCUCUACAUUUAGACAGCAAGGGCAGAUGUAAAAUCCAAACUGCAUUUACAGUCCACCAUGCUGAAUUUUUAGGGCCUGAGGAACCUGUGGCAAAUCAUGGCUCUGUACGUCAUGUUCCCAUUGCCACCUGAAAGAACUGUGCUACCUUAAGUAUUUAUGCAGUGAUUUAUUUGUGAGACUCCAGGUGGGCGAGGAAGGGACACUCAAAUAUCUAAUUGCAAAGGUGGGAAAAUUGGUCAUCAAAAAUAUUUAUUGUAUAUUAGUCAUGUGGGAAUGUGACUUGUCAAGAGCUUUGGGAUCUUUGGAUGUAAGGUGCUAUAGAAAUUAAAAUUUCUGUUUGUAUUACUUCUAGAAACAAUGCAGUUACUGGAGAAAAUUCUGGGAAAUAUGUAGGAUUCAAUUCAAAGAUUGUGAGUCUGUUAGAUUUCAAAGACGGACGAGAAACUGCCUUUAUUUUUUCCCCUCAUACUCCACUCCUGUUCACAAAUAGAUCACUGAAUAUAUAUACAGUUCCAGUAGGCCUGAGGAAUAACUGCCCUGAAGAUCCUUAACUCUUUUAUUUGGAAUUGGCUGUGUUCAGCACACAGGUGAUAAAUUCAGGCUCAGGCUGAGAGGUACCAGGGGGCCUAGAGCAGCUCCUUUGGAAGUCUGGGAGCAUCUUCUCACGGAGCUGCACAGGUUUUGCUUCGGACAACAAAAUAAGCCUGUGUUAGUCUGGCUGUCCUUGUGCCUCCCGCUCUGCAGACACUUCUGUGAGCUGCAAUGGCAGGAUGCCCUGUGGAGGAGCAAUCUCCUUCCUGACAGCCCCACUGAUCCCUGUCCUGUCAGAAACAGCCUUUUUUGCCACUGUAGGCAUCACAUUUCUAUGUGAGAGAACGACCCCCCGAGACAAAGAAGAUUGUUCAAUUUACAGGACAAUUUAUAAAGAUAAUGGCAUAGAAACACAAUGGUCAAAUUUCUCUGACCAUUUUGUAAUUUGGAACAAAAAAAGCUAUAUUUUUAAUAUUUAUUUAACUGUGUUCUGAGUCCAUGUCUAAUAAGCAAUAAACUGGUCUAGCCAAGUCUUCAAAGGCAUAUGCUGUGUCAUUAGCUGGUGAGCGUCCUCUUUAAGCUGGCUAAGGUACUGAUAGAAAGUGGUUUUUUGUUCUUAAAAUAGCUUGGGAAUUUGAACUGGUUUUAAUACAUUCAGCUCAGAUUGGGGGGAGGACAUCAUUAUUUCAUAAAAAAAAAAAAAGACUAUUUAUUAAUGUCUUACAUAAUUCCCCAGUUAGAAGUAUCUCUCCCUCCCCCCACGUCACUUUCUUUCUCUCUUGCUCUCUUUUUUUUUCCUGGUUUUGUUGCAUAGGUAGAAUGCUGUAUUGCUAGCAUUGUAUUUUAUGUAAUUAUUUUUUUGCACAAAGGCAAACAUUUAGAUUAGUAGAUUAAUUUUUUUUUUUUUAAAUUUUAUGACCAUGCCAAAAUAAUAUUCUGCAGGCUUGUGGAGAACAAAGGACUGUUCUUUAGAACUGAAACUUGAUUUUGCUUGUAGUACAAAAAAAACACACACUCACAGAUGUUGUUUCGUAAGUGUUAUAAGCACUGGAUAUAAAUGGUAUUUUUUAUCACUUCUGACUAAUGUGAAACUGUUGUACGAAAACUACAUGAACAAAAGUCAUCUGUUUCGACUCGUGUGGGCCUGCCUCACAGUUGCCGGAUUUGAGUCAUUUUUAUGUCUUGUUAUUUCAUUUAUUUAUGCAAAAUACAUGUAUGUAUGAACACUUUGUUUUAGCUCCAGCCCUGCCUCAGUGCUGAUGCUCUGUAUGUUAAAGCCACAUUCUCGAAUAUAACUGGCUGUUCAGGAAUCACCAGCUAGUAAAAAUUGCAUUUACUGGCUGGGGGAGUGGGAGGAACAUAUUUGAAUCUGAAUUGUGCCUAUGAGCGUGUUAUUCUAUUUAUUAGCCGACAUUGGCUCUAAAAUGUCAGUAGAAAUCAAGGAAGGACAAUCAUAAGAAUGAAACCCAACAUUUUUACUUUAUUAAUCGGAGCUCAAAACAAAGUUUUUUGAUGAAUUUGCCAUCUCAUUUUAGAUUUUUUUUAAAUUGUGUAAAUAUAACAUAGGAAAUAGAAUUUUAUUUUUUGUUCAUGGAUACUUAGUGAAGUAUAAGUUAUGUAUUUACUUUUGUUCUAUAUCAGUGUAUGUUGGUCCAUAUUAAAUGCUGACAAGUCACUGUACCUCAUGUAGAUGCUGAAUUUACACCCGCAGUGUGAGCGCAGUAUUGUGGACCUGUAGCUGGGACAGCAAGAUGCCUCACUUGUGCUCUCUCUGAUUUUUAAUAGCAUAUUCCACAAACAGGGAAUACUUUCUUCUUUUUUAUAAAGUUGAUACGUGAAACAUGCCAAAUUUUGGCUACAUUUGAUGGGAAACACAGUCUUCUGAAUCCAAGUAAAACAAAUGAGAUAUUUUACUUAACAAGAAUGACAUUUGGAAGUCAAAAGCAUAUCCCUGAAAGAUUAAAAAGACUGAAAUGGCCCUUGCAAUGCAGGCAAGACUCAGUGAUAUCAAACCUUUAUGUUCUACAUCCAUUUAAUCAUGUAAUUGUUACAUUAGGCUAUAACACCAGAGAAAUUGUUCACACAAUACACAAAGAGGAUUCAUGGAAUUGCUUCUUAAGCUUUGUGUUUGAGGCCCCUUAGAAACUGACUGGAAAAAUAACUCCAUUCAGGAGCACUAAUAUAGUAAUACUAUUUUCUCUGUGAACAGUUUAUUUAAUUAACAGAUACAAUAUAUUUUCUUUUGGAAAAUUAUUAAAUACUUAUAUUCAAGAGAAGGAGACUCCCCAAACAGUCUGGUACCAUACAGAAUAGUUCACUUCCUAUUUUAUAAAAAUGGAAGAGAAAGGUCCCAACAGAAACCAUACUACUUUCCAGGGUUUAUGUGCAGAAACAAGUCUGGAGAACUGGCCAGAUUCUGGUCUGCCUGUAUGUUUGGGCAUCACCGUUUAGCUUGUGAAACCACCUGCUGAGCAUUCACAGGAUCCCGACACAGGGCUCCUAAAUCAGUGUACUCAGGUGCAGGGGGAGGGAAAAGACAGAGGGAUGGCUCUGGGAUGGAAAUGCAAACCAAUCAGCAGCAUUAGCCCCAGUAAAUACACCACCCUGGGCAAAGUGCACAGCAGCCAGCUGUGAGCAGCCUCUGCUUUGGAUAAACACAACACAACCACCUCCCAGUGCCAUCUAAUCUCCAGGUUGGCUUUCUGCAUUUUGGUUUUCAGCCACAACAAAGGCAUGGCAUUUCAAAAUCAUCUCCCAGCAAAACAUUCUACAAGAUUUAGACCCCAUCCUCCCUCAGAAAAUCACCUACCUACCUGCCUGACAUGAAGCAUGUUAGUACUUCCAUGGUGGUCACAGUGUUGGUGUUAAGUGGGGUGAGCUUUGCUGAGGCAGGGCCACAGUAAGAACAACUGCACUGGAGAUGCAGCCAGCAGGAUGUAUGAUAGAAUUCUUCAUGUUUUUAUGAGAAGCUAAUGAAUGGGCUUGGACCCCUUGGUGUUUUGCAUGCUUUUUUAAGAUCCAAGGUGGCACUUAAGCAUGUUCUUUUAAAAGAAUAAUACUAUAUGACCUCAUUUGAUCAUUUACAAAACACUUUUUCAUUUAAAAGAAACUUCUGCUAAACUUUUUUUUGGUACAACCCAUUAAAAUCUGUGAUUUUUCUCAGAUCAAGCUACAAUUUUGAUAGGUAGCAAUGCCCUGCUACAGAAGGAAAAAACAAUGCAUAUGCAAAAUAAUUUCAUUUUAAUCUGAAGCCCUUUCUUAACUGCCAGAAUUGUUGGAAAUGGUGACAAAGAAGUAUUCUGAGAUUUCACACGCUGGGUAAAAAGGGGUAGAGUGGGGUAAACUGGGCUGAAGGAAAACUUAUCAAAUUGGUAUUUAUGGCAAUAUGAAAGCUAUAAAGCAACUUAGUGACAUGGCUUGCUUUGUAAUUUCCGCUUUCUAAAAACCACAAGUGAGGUCCUUGGUGCUCUUGGAAUAUGGGGAAUGUGCAAAUAUUUAACUGUUUGUAUGCUGCACAUUGCAGACCUGCUAGUGUGCAUUCUCCGUUUGUCUUCCUUUGUCAUUUGUGUUUUGCUUUCCAGAAAGCAAUGUUGUUUUUUUUUUCUUGUACCUUUCUUCAGCUUGUAGCAAACUAGAAUGCUUAGCAUUUAUGUUCAUUCAUUAUUGUAUUUCCCAUGUAAAUUUUUUUUUUAUUACAUUAAGACAAGCUUAUAAGCUGUUACUACAUAACUUAUCUUACUGUAACUCUUAUUUCCUGACAUUGUAAUUUGUUUGUGAUGUAUAUUGUGAGAUUGUACUCUAUGUUAAUUUAAUCAGCACAAUUCACUGACAUGCUGGACUGACAUGCUAGCUGCUGUUUCAAAUUGUAAAGUUUGUGUAGAGCUGUUGGGACAACUGAGACUCUCUUGUCAAGGUACUAUGCUUUGAUUCCUAUAGCAACACCCUGGGUGCAGCUCUUACUGGCGAGGGCUGCUUGUUUAACAGCCACUGGCUACUCAAUGGGCAGGUUUUCUUUGUAGAAAUUCUAUAUACAGUGCAGGUACCUACCUGGGCCCAUGGCCGGUAAUUAUUUGGGCGUUUAGAGGAAAAACUAGUGUCUAUUGCUGCUUUGAAUAUGUUUUAAAGUCUGAAAAUGUAAAUAGUUUAUCAAAAAAAAAAAAAUCUUGUACAGUCCAGUGUAAAGUUUUUAAAUGAACUUAAAGGUUGCCAUCACAUCUCACACUCUCCUCUUGAUACAGUAAAAAGAAAAAAAAAGAAAGAAAAAAGUUUGCUAAGGAUAUUGAUUUAGGAAAAAAAUCUGUUCUCAGAUUAAAAAAGAGAAUAGUUAUUCUUAGCUCUGCUUCAUUGCAUAAACAGACUUCUUGGAUUUUGUUGUGCAGUAUUGACGUGAGGUAAAUUAAAUAUUAAAUAAUCUUUCAGUGGUACUUUUAAGAGUCUUCUCCUCCUCUGCCUCAGUUAUUGAUGGAAAAGACAAAAUUGAAAGACACUGUCCAUAUACAGUAUGUUCUGGUGUACGUUGGCACCUUACCUACAUGUUUUGGGUG